ACUCCUUCAAAAGUUGAAAAGUUGAAAAAAAUAACAACUUUCCAUGAUUCAUCAUUUACGUUCAUCUUAUCAUUUAUUGUUUUGGUAAUUUGGUCAGUUAAAAACACAGUCAGCAUGAUGUGCAAUCAUGUGUUGUUUUGUAAGCUCCAUUCUGUCAUUUUCGCCAAGUGACGCUGAUUCUAACCUCUGACUCGCACCUCCUAAAAAAGCAGUAAAAAAGGAGAAAAGAAAUCAUGCCUGUUAAUUAAUAAUAGCAUGCUUCCAGGGCAGAGUAUAUUUCCUGGAGGUGUGUUUUACAGUCCAGCAUUUGACAGCUCGGUUUGGGAGGACACAGAAAUGGACGAAAACAGUGUCAAGCUUAAAAAUCUAAGCCAAAACCCUGAAGAUGGCAUCGACAACCAUGCUUAUGAAGUUUUGGAGGAGAAAACUACUGACACAAACAGCAUCAAAAGUCAGCCUGUAAAAUCAGGAAAGAAACUAGGAUCAUACCUCAGUAAGGUUUCCAAGCCAAUUGAUGCCACAGAACGUUACAUCAAGGAUCACUCCAAAAUCUUUAAGUACAUUGUGCUGGGCAUACUCGGAGCAGGAUAUGUGGCGUACUUCAUUGCCGCCUGUGUGCUGAAUUUCCAGAGGGCCAUUGCUCUUGUAGUCCUAACUUGUCUGGCAAUUGCUGCUGUAUCAUACGAACUUGUGAAGAAGCACAAGGGGAAAAGCAUCAGCCGGUGUUUCAAACCCGCAGUUCGAUGCUUCAAAUCCAACCUGAAAUGGCUAAAAUGGGUUUUCAUCCUAGCAGUUGUGGGCCUGCUUGUGGUGUGGCUUGCUUUAGACACAAGAAAACGUCCCCAGCAGCUUAUCUCAUUCGGAGGUGUGUGCAUGUUUAUCGUGCUUCUAUUCCUCUUCUCGGCUCACAGGGCAAUGAUCUCAUGGAGGCCAGUGUUUUGGGGUCUGGGACUGCAGUUCUGUAUUGGACUGUUCAUUAUAAGAACCCAACCAGGUCUUGUAGCCUUCGAUUGGCUUGGAAAACAAGUGCAGAUUUUCCUUGACUACACCAAAGAGGGAUCAUCGUUUGUUUUCGGUGACCUGAUUGGCAACAUUUUUGCCUUUCAAGCUUUACCCAUCGUCGUGUUCUUCAGCAGCAUUAUGUCUGUCCUUUACUUUCUGGGUGCAAUGCAGUGGCUCAUUUUAAAGAUCUCAUGGGCUAUGCAGAUAACGCUGGGAACCUCGCCCACUGAGACCUUAAGCGUGGCAGGAAACAUAUUUGUUGGGCAGACUGAAGCUCCGCUGCUGAUUCGACCCUAUUUGAAGGACAUGACCAAAUCAGAGAUCCAUGCUGUUAUGACUGGUGGUUUUGCUACUAUUGCAGGCAGCGUCAUGGGGGCGUUCAUCUCAUUUGGGAUUGAUGCGUCUUCGUUGAUAUCGGCCUCUGUGAUGGCUGCACCAUGUGCUUUGGCUAUGUCUAAGCUGUCCUAUCCCGAGACAGAAGAGAGUCCGUUUAAUUCAGAAAAGAACAUCAAAGUGGCUGCUGGAGAUGAACAGAACAUUUUGGAGGCUGCUAGCAGUGGUGCAUCUGCAUCUAUAGGCCUUGUUGCUAACAUUGCAGCUAAUCUCAUAGCAUUUCUUGCUAUCCUGGGCUUCAUAAAUAGCGCGUUGAGUUGGCUUGGAGGUAUGGUUGGAUAUCCUGAAAUCACCUUUGAGUUAAUUUGCUCAUAUGUGUUCAUGCCCAUUACCUUCAUGAUGGGAAUACCAUAUGAUGAGAGUUUCACCGUGGCUGAGCUUAUUGGUACAAAGCUCUUCCUCAAUGAGUUUGUCGCUUAUCAGAAGCUGUCGGAUCUGAAGAGUAACAGACUCAAAGGACUUGAUGAAGUGAUUGGAGGCAAAAGAAUGUGGAUAUCUGUUCGUUCGGAGAUAAUUACAACUUAUGCUCUCUGUGGAUUUGCCAAUUUCAGCUCACUCGGCAUUGUGAUUGGAGGCUUGUCUGCCAUAUGCCCACCAAGAAGAAGUGACAUCUCAGCUCUGGUGGUGAGAGCCAUGAUCACUGGGACUUGUGCGUCUCUAGUCAACGCUUGCAUUGCUGGACUCCUCUUUGUUCCCCCACUUGACUGUGUGCAGUUGUUUAAAACGUCUCCCUUCGCUGAUACUGAUGAAAAUAUUAAAAAGUGCUGCCAAGACUUAUUUGAAAGCACCAUAAACAAUGGCACCAUCUGGUUUGAGGAACCUUGGAAUACUGUUCAAAAUGUCACAAUAUUUUUGUCAAACUGUUGCCAGUGUUGUAACAUUAAUGAUGUGUCAGGUUGUAUGUAGACAUGGCCAGCACAAAGAAAAAAAUCCUCAUGAAGUUUGCACUUGCAGCCUUUUAAAGCUGCUAAACUUCCUAUAGCAAAAAAAAAA